AAACUUUACGACUUGGAAAAUUUUCUGGAACUAGAACUGACAAAAAGAUGGCAAAGAAAAAGAAGACAUCUGAGGACCGAGUGCUUCAUGAGAUUUCCAAGUCUCAGCUUUACUCCACAAAAUCUAUCAAAAAAUCAUUUAGACCUCAGAAACUGAGAGCUCAUGAUGAGGAUGAUGACAUGUCUGGUAAAGGUCAACAGAGGAAGCAGAAGAAUAAGGGACAGAAAAGAAAGUCAGCCUUUGACAGAGAGCUCACAGAUACUGGCAAGUCAGCUGUCAAAAAAUUCAGGGCUGGUCCCUCAUACAAAGAAAGGAAAGAAAUGGGCUCGAAAGGAAAACCAACGGGUAAUACGAAAAAUAGAUUUAGUAAAAAGAAGAAGAGAUGAUGACAUCCGGUUGUGUCUUAACUUCAGUGAUAACAUUAUAUUUUAUCAUCAUGCCACUAAUAAAUUUGGGUCAGUUGAA